AUGAUUGCGCCGUCUGCCGCCUCACUAGGCGCCCGCCAGAUGUCCAUGGUGCGGGUUCCUUCGACCCUCUUCCGCACAGUCCCUUCGCAAAUGUUGGUCGCGAGGAGGGGUUAUGCGACACCCGCUGGCCCCCCACCCAAGAAUUUCCGCCUGAAGCCGCCGACAACGUGGGAUCAAGAAAAAGAAAGCACAUUCGACAAGGUCGGAAAGUACUUCCUUUUGACCGAGAUGUUUCGGGGCAUGUACAUCCUGAUGGAGCAAUUCUUCAGGCCACCGUACACGAUCUAUUACCCCUUCGAAAAGGGUCCCAUUUCUCCCCGUUUCCGCGGAGAACACGCUUUACGCCGGUACCCCUCGGGUGAGGAGAGAUGCAUUGCCUGCAAGCUGUGCGAGGCCGUUUGCCCCGCCCAGGCCAUCACGAUUGAGGCCGAGGAGCGUGCCGACGGCUCCAGGCGAACAACUCGCUACGAUAUUGACAUGACCAAGUGCAUCUACUGCGGUUUCUGUCAAGAGUCAUGUCCUGUCGACGCUAUCGUCGAAUCCCCGAACGCCGAGUAUGCUACCGAGACUCGCGAGGAGCUCCUCUACAACAAGGAGAAAUUGCUUUCUAACGGAGACAAAUGGGAGCCCGAGCUGGCGGCUGCCAUCAGGGCAGACGCUCCCUACAGAUAA